UUAGCACAGACCGUCCUGUCCGGUCCGGUCCGGUGGUCCGGUAGUCCGGUGGUCCGGUCUUGUCCGUCCGGUCCGCCUCUGAGCCCCGGGCUAAAGCUCAAACUGGCCGGUGAAGGGUUACAGUUCCCCGCAGACCUGCUGCACGUCGACCCGCCACAGCUCAGCAGAGAGGCCAGUCUGCACCAGCAGGAGGCGCUGGAGGCUGUGAGGAGAGAGGGAGGAGGAGGAGGAGGAGCAGGAGCAGCAGCAGUGGAGUCCCUGACUGCUCUGGAGCUCCUGCAGAAGGAGGACGAGGAGCUGAGAAGCAUCGUGACGUUCUCAUCUCAGCUGGAUGCAGCACUCGGAGGAGGAGUUCAGAUCGGAAAGACGACGGAGAUCAGCGGAGGGCCAGGAGCGGGAAAAACACAACUGUGCCUCCAGCUCGCCGUCGAUGUCCAGGUGCCUCAGUGUUUUGGCGGCGUCGGCGGUCAGGUGGUCUACAUCGACACCGAAGGCGGCUUCCUGCUUCAGAGAGUUGUCGACAUUGCCGCCGCGGCUGUCCGACAUUGCUCCUUAUUGGUCGAGGAUGACGAGCAGCGCGUUGCCAUAGACACCUUCACCGUGGAAACCGUCCUGUCUAACAUGUUUCUGGUGCGUUGCCAUGACUACGUGGAGCUGCUGGCUGAGCUCCACCUGCUGUCCGACUUCCUGUCCAACCACCCACGGGUCCGCCUCCUGGUGAUUGACAGUGUGGCAUGUCCUUUCAGGAAGCACUUUGAUGAGCUGUCACAGAGGACACGCCUCCUCAAUGGCCUUGCCCUACAGCUCAUCGCCAUGGCAACCAGCCAUGAAAUCGCUGUAGUGAUAACUAACCAGAUGACUACCCGUGUUCAUGGUAGCCAAUCACAGCUGGUCCCUGCUCUUGGGGAUAGCUGGGGCCACGCCCCCACCACCAGGCUCCUCCUACAGUGGAUGGGGCCACAUCGGCUGGCGGCCAUCUUUAAAUCUCCAGAUCACAUGAACUCCACUGUCCAAUACCAGAUCACCUCUGAUGGAUUCAGAGAUGCUGACCAAUCGGAGCAGCCGCAGAGAAAACGACCCCGAACAGACACUGACCAAUCAGCUGGCCACCAGAGGGACACCAGCUGCUGAUUGACUGUCAGCCAAUCAGAGGCUAGGCUGAGUUUAUUUGUUAAUAAAAAAAGUUUAUAUAUAAGUUUAGAUUUUAUUGCCAAAUCAGCUGAUACAUGUUUCAGAAUCACUUUUCUUUACCAGGUAUGCGAACACACUUUACUCUUAGUGCAAACACCAAACAUAUAGACACAGGUACAAAACAAAACAGAGGACUUGACUAUGAACAUGUAAAAAGGUAAAUAUAUACACAUAAAUAUGUGUGUAUAGACAAGGAAAUCUUUUUAUUGGUGCAAGGAUGAUAUAAUAAAUAUACAGUGUGCACAGUAUGAGUGUAAUGAUGACAUUUACAUAGAUAAUUUGAAAUUUACAGAUAUACAGCUGAUGUUACAGACAGUCCAGUUUUAGUGUUCAUCACAGAGACAGUCUGUAGUUGUCAUGGUAACACAAGUAAAACUGAGACCAGAGGACUAUUUCAUAAAGUUCUUUGAAAUAAAAACAGAACAUUUUCUGACCUUUGU